AUGACGUCGGAGCGUUCUCGAAUCCCGUGUCUCUCGGCUGCUGCUGCCGAAGGAACAGGGAAAAAGCAACAAGAAGGAAGAGCAAUGGCGACACUGGAUCGCAAAGUGCCCAGUCCGGAGGCGUUUCUGGGCAAACCCUGGUCCUCCUGGAUCGACGCCGCCAAAUUACACUGCUCCGACAAUGUAGAUUUAGAAGAGGCUGGAAAAGAGGGUGGAAAAAGCAGGGAGGUUAUGAGGCUUAAUAAAGAAGAUAUGCACUUAUUUGGCCAUUACCCAGCACAUGACGACUUCUAUCUCGUAGUGUGCAGUGCCUGUAAUCAGGUCGUCAAGCCACAGGUUUUCCAGUCGCACUGCGAGAGAAGACACGGUUCCAUGUGCGGGCCUUCGCCCUCGCCAGCGUCUCCGACCUGCAACCCCAGGACGGCUGUAGCACAGGGGAAGACCAAAGCCUGUGUCAGCAGCCAUAGCUCUGCCAGCAGCACCUCAAAGCCAUUCAAAACGCCCAAAGACAAUCUCCUUACCUCCAGCAGCAAGCAGCACACAGUCUUUCCUGCUAAGGGAUCAAGGGAUAAACCAUGCGUUCCGGUUCCUGUAGUCAGUUUAGAGAAAAUCCCUAACCUAGUGAAGGCAGAUGGUGCCAACGUCAAAAUGAACUCUACAACCACUACUGUGGUGACCUCCUCCUCCUCCACCUCCUCCUGCACCACUGCCGCCAGCUCCAACCCACCUUUAAUUAAGCCUGUCCUGAUGUCCAAGUCAGUGCCACCCUCACCAGAGAAAAUUCUAAAUGGCAAAGGAAUUCUGUCGGCCACCAUAGACAAGAAGCACCAAAAUGGCACCAAAAACAGCAACAAGCCUUACCGGAGACUUUCAGAGAGAGAAUUUGACCCAAAUAAACACUGUGGAGUAUUGGAUCCCGAGACAAAGAAACCUUGCACAAGAUCCCUCACCUGCAAGACACAUUCGCUAAGCCAUCGGAGGGCCGUCCCAGGCCGGAGAAAGCAAUUUGACCUCCUCCUGGCGGAACACAAAGCCAAGUCCAGAGAGAAAGAACUCAAAGAGCAUCUCCUGACUUCCACAAGGGAAAUAUUUCCAAACCAACCCGGGCUGGUGCAGGACUCACUGCCGGGAGCUUCAGGGAGCUCGGGGCCAGAACCAAAAGUUGCAUCCCCUGCAAAACCCAGGCCGCCUAACUCUGUAAUACCCAGACCAUCAUCUGCAAACAGCAUAAGCAGCAGCGCAUCCUCGAAUCACAGCGCCUAUACUCCAGAGACCCCUCUUCCCCUAGUCGGAGGUGACCUUGCCAGCCGACUGUCCAGUGAUGAAGGGGAGAUGGACGGAGCCGACGAAGCUGAGAAGUUAGAUUGUCAGUUCUCCACGCACCACCCCAGACCUCUCGCAUUUUGCUCAUUCGGAAGUCGCCUCAUGGGACGAGGGUACUAUGUGUUUGACAGAAGAUGGGAUCGUUUUCGAUUCGCACUAAACUCCAUGGUAGAAAAACACUUGAAUUCGCAGAUGUGGAAGCACAGAAGCCCGAGCCACCGGGCAUCAGGUCCCUCCCCCCUGUUCAGGACUUGCCUAACCAAUCUGCUGUCACUGAGCAACAUUGGGGCUGCCUGGGUGUCAACUCUGGAGAGCGUUGCACCCCGCUGCCCUCUCAGCCUCGCUGCCCAAACCCCAGGCCCUGACGGGCCCGAACCUGGAGGGAUGGCAGCCGAUGGGGGCGUGGAAGACAUUAGGAAGAAAAAGAACGGCCAAGACUCUUUUUUCUUUAACAAGCAUUUAACUCUGCAUCAGGAGCUGCCAGCACAGUAUUCUCUUUCAGCCAGGAAGAUCCCUCCUGCGGCAGAUAGCCCCCUGCCCUCGCCAGCAGCCCGCCUCUCCACCCCCGUGCCAGCAUCCGUCUUGCAGCCUUUCAGCAACCCCAGUGCUGUGUAUCUUCCUUCAGCUCCCAUCAGCUCGAGACUCACCUCUUCUUACAUAAUGACAUCUGCCAUGCUCUCAGACGCAGCUUUUGUGGCAUCGUCGGACCCACGCGUCCUCAUGUCCCACACCACAGCUUUCCCCCAUGUGGCCGCAACCCUCAGCAUCAUGGACUCAACCUUCAAGGCCCCAUCUGCCGUCUCCCCGAUACCAGCCGUCAUCCCUUCCCCAUCCCACAAGCCAUCCAAAACCAAAACCAGCAAAUCCUCAAAAGUCAAAGAUCUAUCCGCCCGUAGCGACGAGUCUCCAAGUAACAAAAAGAGGAAGCCACAGCCUUCGACUUCCUCCUCCUCCUCCUCCUCCUCCUCUUCCUCCUCCUCUUCCUCCUCCUCCUUGUCCCUGCAGACCUCCCUCUCGUCUCCACUGUCAGGGCCCCACAAAAAGAACUGUGUUUUGAAUGCCAGUUCCGCCCUGAACUCCUAUCAGGCAGCACCCCCCUAUAACAGUCUGUCCGUGCACAGCUCCAACAAUGGGGUGAGCCCACUCAGUGCCAAGCUGGACCCCUCAGGACGGACCUCGCUGCCCGGCGGCCCCGCGGACAUAGCGAGACAGGUGGGCGCGGUGGGCGGCAGCAGUGACUCCUGUCCCCUCUCUGUGCCCUCCCUCUCGCUCCACGCGGGGGACCUCUCUCUGGCCUCACACAAUGCUGUGUCUUCUCUGCCCCUCUCUUUUGACAAAUCAGAAGGAAAAAAGCGUAAGAACUCGAGUGCUAGUAGCAAAGCCUGUAAAAUCACUAAAAUGCCUGGUAUGAAUAGCGUUCACAAAAAGAACCCGCCCAGCCUUCUUGCACCGGUGCCCGAUCCCGUUAACAGCACCUCCUCUCGGCAGGUAAGGGACCACCUGGCACUGCCUUCAUCGGCUUUGGGGGGUACGGGGAGCUGGGCAGCACCCCUGCUUGGCCAGGUGGCUCAGACAGGUGGCGCAGGUGUGGCUCCUUUUCUCGCGUCCUGCAUAGACCACGUGCGCCAUGCAUUCUGAAAGCAGUUUACUUAAUACGGGCUGUGCGCGAGGCACUGUGCUAAGCACUUGCAGCAAUCUUCUCGUGUAUAACUCACUUCCCACACCGUGUAGCUGGUACUGUUGUCAUCACCAUUUCACAGAUGGAUAAACUGAGGCCCGCAGAGAUUCUGGCUUCCCUCCCCCACUCCUGUUUUAUAUCCUGAGGUUCAGAGGACAAUUUCAUUAAAGAGU